CAGCCUCCCCUCCCCCCUGCAGCAUCAUCAUAACACGGAAGCAGUCGUUGGAGCAGGAGAGGCGCAGACAGGCUCAGGGUGGGAGGACAGACAGGUACAAAAACAAAAACAGGACUGAAGACAGACAGGUGGACAGCUCAGGUGCACAGGACUAACAGAGGCAGACAGGUAAACAGACAGACAGACACAGAGAGAGAGAGAGACAGCGAGCCGAGCGUCAUGGCGCUGAUCCCGUCGCAGGUUCUCCGGGUCGCCAUCCUGCUGUCUUACUUCUCCAUCCUGUGCCACUACAAAGCGCUGGACAUGCCGGCGCACCAGACCUACGGGGGCAGCUGGAAGUUCCUGACCUUCAUCGACCUGGUGAUCCAGGCGGUGUUUUUCGGAGUGUGCGUCCUGAUCGACGUGUCCAGUCUGCUGACGAAGGGAAGCGACAGCAGGGAGCAGGAGCGGCAGCUGAGGAAGCUGAUCGGCUUGAGGGACUGGAUGAUGGCCGUGCUGGCCUUCCCCGUCGGAGCGUUCGUGGUGUUCACAUUCUGGUCUCUCUACCUGUACGACAGAGAACUGGUCUACCCCAGACUACUGGACAACUUCAUCCCUCAGUGGCUCAACCACGGCAUGCACACCACCGUUCUUCCUUUCAUCAUCAUCGAGAUGCGGACCACCCACCACCGGUAUCCCAGCAGAUCGUGGGGUCUGGCGGCAGUGUGCUGCUUCGGCGUGGGAUACAUCCUCUGGACGUGUUGGGUGCACCAUGUGACAGGCGUGUGGGUGUACCCGGUGCUGGAGCGCAUCGCCCCGGUGGCUCGAGUCGUCUUCUUCAGUGCGAUGACCGCCGUGAUCUGUGUUUUCUACACACUCGGAGAAAUCCUCAACAGCUACAUCUGGGACCAGCCACACACAGAAAAGGUCAAAGGUGAAUGACCUUCUAGCGGCUGCGCGGGCAUCGACAUCGGCCUCGAUGAGGACGAGGACGAGUCGAGCCACCGCCCCAACGGGAACAGCACAAGAGCGGGAAAAAACAAAGCGACCUCUCCAGACGUGGGAAAGAGCGUUACCAUUGAACUGUAUCCAUAACAAUAACUUAAAAUCGUCAGUUAAAUGUGAAAAACUCAACACUCGUUUUGUUUUUUCUUGAUUUUUUUUUUUUUUUGGUUUUCAGUGAUUAACCUGGAAGCAGCUGUGUCGCCUCUGCUUCUUACUGCACACACACACACAAGCAUAGGACAUGCAUACAGGGACAAAGACGCACAUUAACAGCAUUUGUAAUCUGCUUUUUCAAUGUGAAUGAAUCCCAUCAUAAGCUACUGAACAUCUUGAAUUAUUAUUCAUCUCAUGAGUCGCACUACAUGUAUGGAAGGAAACAGAUCAAUAAAGUUUGAAUGGAAAGUUUC